AAUUGUGUGUUGUUGGGUUAGUAAAUGGGCUAGAACAAGAGAUGGGCUUACGGUAAAAUUUUCAUACAAACGCUGCCAUAGAGAGGACUGUAAUUGAUGGCAUCCAAGAAGAGAAGGGUCGGUCAGUUGCAGAAUCCAUUGAGUCCAGUCACUGCAACUUCAUCACAUGCUACAGGUUUAAUCGUUGGUACAAUCAACGGGUGCAGAUUCAUGGUCGGGUCGAUAUCAUGUUAAUAUGGAUGCUUUAGACAACCCAUUUGCGAUCAAGCAUUAGCUGAAGAGGUUGUACUACUGAUCCUUAGGACUUAAAGUUGGAGGAGCAAUUUGCAGCAAUGAAUCUCUCUGAUCCUGAAUAUGCUCCUCUCAUGGAGUCAAUUCUUUCCGCAGACCUAACAAAUGGCGCCCAAUCAUUUGGUAUUCACAAAGCUCAUCAAGCCCCAAAUGGUGUUUGCCUUGACAAAAUUGGAAAUGGAUCUUACAUUGGCAUGGCUCCACACCCUGAUGGCUCUGACCGUGUCUUUUUGUGGAAUCAACAAGGUAAAAUAUGGAUUGCCACUGUUCCUGUGGGUGGAUCUAAUGAAGUGUUGGAGCUUGAUGAAUCCAAGCCCUUUCUAGAUAUAACUGAUCAAGUGCUUGUUGGCGCACAAUUUGGGGUAAUGGGAAUGGAUUUCCAUCCUAAUUUUGUGAGUAAUGGUCGUUUCUUUGUUUCUUACCACUGUGAUAAGUUGCGACACUCAGGAUGUUCAGCCAGAUGCUCAUGUAACUCAGAAAUUAGCUGUGAUCCAGCAACACUUCCAAUAGACAGUGGCAUUGUGCCAUGCCAGUAUCAAAUUGUAGUAUCCGAGUUCACAGCAAAUGGUACUGCAUCAACACCCUCCUUGGCAGAAAGUGCUAAGCCAUUGGAAGUGAGGAGGAUAUUUACAAUGGGACUUCCAGAUAAGGGAGUUCAUGGAGGCCAGAUUCUCUUUGGCCCUGCAGAUGGCUUUUUAUAUGUUAUGACUGGAAUUGGCACACAUCAAGGGGACCCUUACAACUUUGCACAAAACAAGAGAUCAUUGCUCGGAAAGAUCUUGAGGAUUGAUGUGGAUCAAAGAAAUGAAGUUCAUGAUCAAGGGCUUUGGGGAAAUUACUCCAUACCAAGAGAUAAUCCGUACAACAAUGACAGGCAAUUAGCACCUGAAAUUUGGGCUUUGGGUCUUAGAAAUCCUUGGCGUUGUAGUUUCGAUUCAGAAAGACCUCCCUACUUCAUGUGUGGAGAUGCUGGACAGGACCGGUACGAAGAGAUAGACAUGAUAACAAAGGGUGGAAACUAUGGGUGGUCCAUCUAUGAAGGCCCUUAUCCCUUCGAACCAGCAAAUGUCCCCGAAAAAAGCACUUCUUCUAGCUCCAAUAGUCCCAUAUUCCCGGUCAUGGGAUACAACCACUCUGCAGCUGAUAAGACAAUUGGUUCAGCGUCCAUAACCGGGGGCUACUUCUAUCGGUCUCAAACUGAUCCCUGUCUGUAUGGAAGGUACUUGUACAUAGACUUGUAUCCGGAUGGAAUUUGGUCAGGUAUUGAAAAUCCUGAAAACAGUAGAAACUUCACUAGUUCAAAAAUCCCAUACAGGUGCGCGCAUGAUUCUCCAAUCCAUUGUGAAGAAAUUGCAGAGGGUGUUAUGCCUGCUAUAGGAUAUGUUGCAUCUUUUGGAGAAGACAAUAGAAAAGACAUUCAUAUACUGACAACCACCGGCGUCUACAGAGUUGCACGUCCAAGUAGGUGUAAUUACCAUUGUCCUAAAGAAAGAACUGUAGCUAGUAAACCACCACCUCCUCCUGUUUCCUUGUCUGGAAAAUUAUGGGAGAGUGCAAAAUUCUAUGCUCUUCUUGUGUCUUCCUUGAUGCUGCUUUUGUUGAAUCUUGUGUAAUGGGAUAUGCGAUCUUGUUAUCAUUAAUGAUUAUCCAAUUAGUAGCAAAUGUAGUCUUUCUUUUCCAUAUUUUUCGUCAUUAAAAUCUCUAGGAUCUUGUUAAUACCGAAGAUCAGCUCAACUAAGAGUUGCAAAAAAGUAAACUGAACU